AUGACUACAACAGUCCCCAAGAUAUAUGCUUUCCAUGAGUUUUCUGAAGUUGCUGAGGCUGUAGCUGACUACGUUGUGUAUGCUCAGAACAAUGCUUUAUCAAAAGAGCUUGUAGAUAGAAAGAUGUCAGUUAGUAGUCUGAAUGUAAAUAGUGAGGUGGAAUUCAAGGACGUCCAGAGAUCUGUCUCGAUAAAGAGUGUUUCUGGGGUAUCUCGAGAAAGUUCAAAGAAACCCAAACGUGAAGUAAGAUUUAAAAUUGCCUUAUCCGGUGGUUCUUUGAUUCAUGUAUUGCAUAAGGGUCUUUUAUCAAGAACGGAUGUAAUGUGGGGGAAAUGGGAUAUUUAUUUUGCUGAUGAAAGAUUGGUACCUUUCGAUUCUGAACAUAGUAACUUUGGGUUGGCUAAAAGAGAAAUCUUAGAUCAAAUUGAUACUGAAGCCUACGGCAAGCCAAAUGUUUUCCAUAUAAAUGAAUCUCUAAUUAAAGAUCCUCAGGAAUGUGCAGAUGACUAUGAAAAAAUUUUAAUAAAAGGUUUUGCAGGUAGGGAUUCUGUAAAACUACCGAUGUUUGAUCUAUUUUUGUUAGGUUGUGCUCCAGAUGGUCAUAUUGCUUCUUUAUUCCCAAAUUUCCAAGAAAACUUACGUGAAAAAUUAGCAUGGGUAGUGCCAGUGACAGGUGCUCCAUCAGGUCCAACUGAAAGAAUAUCUUUGACGAUACCGGUUAUUUGUCAUUCUCAUAGAUUAGCUUUCGUAGUUGAAGGUUCAACGAAGGCACCUGUUUUGAAGACUAUUAUGGAAAGGCCAGAAAAGGGUUUACCAAGUAGUAUAGUCAACGAAGGCGCUGCUGGUCGUGUUUCGUGGUUUGUUGAUGAUGAAGCACUAACUGACGUAUCUGUUAUUAAAAAGGAUUACAAAUUUCGUUCGAAUAAGUGA